AUGAAACCAACAACAGAAGCAUCAUCUUUUCGAAACAAUAGAAAUCGUUCCUCAACUCUUCCUAUGAGGUUGUCAAAGAAUAUGGCUAUUGAAAAUAUCAAUCAGUCAAUAAAACAAUCAUUUAGAAAUUCAAAAACCACAGUUGACCUAAAUGAAAGUCAAGGAAGUAUGAUUAUAAAAGAUAGAAUUUCUUUCUCUAGAAGUAGGCGUUCAAGCACAGCAUCAGGUUCAAAACAGCCAACAUCACUCUACAAGAGACUCUUAUCCAACCUCAAACAUGGUGAUGAUUCCAUGUCAGACAUUAUAAGUGAAACAUCAUAUGACACUUCCAUGUCGGGUUUAGUAACGUCAUCUAUGGGAAUAGGUUUCAGAUUAAAUGGAGCCAACAACACUCCCACACACAAACAAGAAAUAUCCGAAUUGAAUAAUUUAGUUUCUCAAUUCAUGUGUUGUGGCUUUCCAAUUGUGGUUUUUGACAAGAAGGGUUGUAUUGUCUAUAUGAAUAGAGAAUCAGAGGAAAUGUUUGGAACAUUUAGUUUUUCAGUAUUGGGUGAAGAUUUAGUUGAGGUUUUUAUGGAGGACACAAUUCUCGAUAUUCACACGUUAAUUGAUGAUUUUUUAGGAUUUUCAAUGGAAGAUAUUGAAGGAGUUGACAGGAAGAAUAUCAGUCUCAAGAAUAUGCCUUAUGAAUUAUUGAGCGAGGAAGAUAAAUCAAAGAGAAGAAGUCACCUUUCAAAAGAGAGAAUUUUGAAAGGAAAAUCAAUAACUUUGAAUCAAUUCUUUACCAUCUCAACAAAACUUGUUCCAAUUAAGAAGAAACAUGAAAUUCACUUUUGUGCCUAUAUGAAAUUUGUUGAAUUUAUUGAUAAUGAAGAGUUGAACACAAUAUAUGAGAAUUUAGAUUCCGUUCAUGUACAAAUUACAAAUGCAAGUAUUGUUCCAAUUGUGGCGAUUAAUGAUAAGGGAAGUGUUUUGGUAUUCAAUAAGGCUGCCACACUGACAUUUGGAUAUGAAAAUAGUGAAAUAAUUGGAAGAAAUGUCAAAAUUAUUUGUAAUAGAAAAGAUAGAAUGAAUCAUGACAUGUAUUUGGAGAGAUUUGCCAAAACUGAAAAGAAGAAAAUUCUAGAUCGUAUUAAGAAAGUCAAAGGUCAAACAAAAGAUGGUAAAAGUAUUCCAGUGGAAAUCAAAAUUUCUCAAAUUGUCAAAAAUGGUCAAUCAUUAUUUGUUGCCUAUUUCAGAGAUUACAAAUUAUUAUCCAAUCAAGAUGAACAAAUGACAGGUAUUGCAGAAAAGAUUUAUCCAAGAAAUAUUGCAGAAAGAUUAAGUAUGGGCCAGAAAAUCAUUGACCAAGUUGAUGGAUGUUCCAUGUUAUAUUGUGAUUUGGUUGGUUUUACAGAGUUAUCAUCAACCAUGCCACCUAAACAAGUUGUUUCUCUACUACACUCAAUAUUUUCAAAUUUUGAUGAAAUUUGUCAAAAGUUCAAGAUGGAAAAGAUUAAAACAAUAGGAGAUAGUUACUUUUUAGCUUCUGGUUUAAGGAAUGAAACUAGUUCAGUUGACCAUAUGAUUAAGGGUGGUCUUUUAAUGAUUACAACAGUGAAUCAAUUUUCAGAAUCGACAGGAAAUAGUUUACAAGUUAGAGUUGGAAUUCACACCUCAAUAGGAGGUGAUGUCAUUGCAGCUGUAGUUGGUAAAGUGAAGAGAACGUACGAUCUCUUUGGGUCUGAUGUUAAAAUUGCUCAACUAAUGGAAAUGACUGGAAUUACUAAUGAAUUACACAUCUCCAACAAUACCUACAAAUCCAUCAAGAGUGAAAAGAGAAAAUCACUCUUUAUUGAAAAAUUCAAAGAGGGAGAUGAAAUUUUAAUGGACAAGUAUGCAGAACCAUUGCAGAUACCGACAAAUAGUUGGGUAACACACAAUGUGUUAGAAUUACUCAAUAGAGAUAAGGAAAAGUCAAUUCAACAACAAUAA